ACAACCCACAGUGUGUUGAAGAAUAUAGGCCUAUUUCACUCAUUGGAGCCAUGUACAUAAUUAUAACCAAGUUAUUGGCUAAUAGGCUUAGAUUGGUGAUGACAAAUAUUAUUGGGGAUGAACAGAUGGCUUUCAUUGAGGGAAGACAAUUAUGUGAAGGGGUAAUCAUUGCAAAUGAGCUUAUUGAUGAGGCAAAGAGGAAGAAACACUCAAGCUUUGUGUUGAAAUUAGACUUUGAAAAAGCAUUUGAUAGAGUUAGUUGGAGUUUCCUAGACUACAUUAUGAUGAGGAUGGGAUUUGAUGCUACUUGGAGGAAGUGGAUCAUGGAAUGUUUACAAUCCAGCUUGCUGUUUGUUUUGAUAAAUGGUAGUCCAACUAGACAAUUCAAAACAUCUCGUGGGCUAAAACAAGGUGAUCCUUUGUCACCUUUUCUAUUUUUAAUUGUGGCAGAGGGGCUCAAUGGGAUCAUAUCAUCUACAGUUAACAACAACCUCUUUGAAGAGAUGGAAGUAGGAACGGUUGAUAAUGAUGAUUCACACUUCUCCCAUAUCCAAUUUGCAGAUGACACAAUCCUUUUUGGGAAAGCUUUGGAGGACAACAUUUGGGUAGCAAAGUGUAUACUUCAAAUAUUUGAAGUAGCCUCUGGACUCAAGAUAAAUUAUUCCAAAAGUAGAAUAUACGGGAUCCACACUGAGAAGGAUUGGUUAAAGAAGAUGGCCUGCCUAUUGAAUUGCAAUGUCGGAGAAAUGCUUUUCAAAUAUCUUAGAGUAUUGGUGGGUGGUAACCAUAGAAGACUAUCACUAUGGCAACCGUUGGUGGAAGGCUUCAGGAAGAAAUUAUUGAAAUGGAAUAGAUGCUGGUUAUCGUUUGGUGGUAAGCUUACCCUUCUUAGCUAUGUGCUCUCAUCUCUCCUCGUCUUCCUCAUGUCGGUCUACCUCGCUCCAAAAGGUAUCAUCAAAAUUCUUGAUAAGAUUAGGAGGGAAUUUCUAUGGGGUGGGCAGGGGGAAUCAAGAAAAAUAAACUGGGUUAAAUGGCAACAAGUUUGUAGAAAUAGAGAUGAGGGGGGGUUAGGUGUAAAAGAUGUCACGCCCCAGAACCUAAAUCCGGAGACACGACAGACGCCGUGCACUCGUGAACGGAUCAUGAUCUAUAUCUCGAAUCUAUAUUCACUUUACAAAAUGGCUAGCCUUCUAACUCGUCACUCCCCUUGUUUUCCCGUCCUCGGUAUCGCUUCCUGAAAUCGUGGACAAGGAAAACUAUGAGAUAACUCAGUAAGUAAAUAUGGAUAGCCCUUGGGUAAAACUUUUAAGCAUGCCAGAUAAACCAUGUAAGCAUAACAGAACUUUCAAUGACAAAUCAGAUUCAGUUCAAUUGCAAAGCAUUCAAUGACAAAUCGUCACUGCAAAAUCAGAUUCGGUUCAAUAACAAAAAGUUUAAUGACAAAACCGUUAAUGCAGAAUCAUAAUUGAUGCACCAAAUACGCACUACUUUUAGGCAAGUGAACCUAAUCGAUUAUGCAAUAUAAGAUGAGUAAGAUAUCGUUCCCUCGAGGACUAUCCUACACUACCAAGACCCUAUUAAUUUAACCUAAGUUGAAUUAACCAAUUAAUGGGGAGAACUAAACUAUUUAAAAGAAAACUAAGUCGACUAAAGAAAACUAAACUAAAGAAUUUUCUAAGUUAAAGAAACUAUGAAUGAGAAGGAAUUAGGGUUUGGAUUUCAUUUAAUUCUGAAUUAUGCAACUAUUUCAUUAAUUUAAUUCAAGUUCAAAUAAUAGUGUUAUUGCAUGAGAUGACGAAUUUUCCUAAAUUAAUUAACCAGCUUUCUCAAGUCAAGCUAAUCCUUCAUUUGUUUGCUAAAUUAAUCAUAUCUCUAUGUAAUUUUAAACAAAUUAAUGAGCAUUAAAUUCUAUGAAAAUCUCUAACUUAAAAAGGGGAGCUACUAACUCUCUUCUCUUCCUCCACUAUCACAUGUGAACUAAUUACCUCUCGGUCUCAUAGUCUAACACACGAUUUAUAUUAUUAUUGGUAUAAUUUACACAAUUCUUUCUCAAGUUCAUGUAUAAAUCACUAAAUCAAUU